GUUGGCCGCAUGAAGAUCGAGCUGUUCGCUGACGUCGUACCCAAAACUGCGGAGAACUUCAGGCAGUUUUGUACAGGUGAAUUCAGGAAAGAUGGUGUCCCUAUAGGUUAUAAAGGAAGCACUUUCCACAGGGUAAUAAAGGAUUUCAUGAUCCAAGGAGGGGACUUUGUAAACGGAGAUGGCACUGGAGUAGCCAGUAUAUACAGGGGUCCCUUUGCAGAUGAAAACUUCAAGCUGAAACAUUCUGCUCCUGGGCUGCUCUCUAUGGCAAACAGUGGUCCCAGUACCAACGGCUGCCAGUUUUUCAUUACAUGCUCCAAAUGUGACUGGUUGGAUGGGAAACAUGUUGUGUUUGGUAAAAUUGUUGAUGGGCUGUUGGUCAUGAGAAAAAUUGAAAAUGUGCCUACGGGUCCCAAUAACAAACCCAAGCUGCCAGUUGUGAUCUCUCAGUGUGGGGAAAUGUAAAAGCAAUGAAACAGAAACAUGGUAAGUGUCAGUCUUUGCAGGCACCCAGUGCAGUU